AUCAAGACAGAAGGCGUAGAAUUUUCGGGUGAAAAUUGGUGUGACGGAAGGGCUGCCUGCAGAGUUACUCGUCGAGGACAGCCUAUUCCAGUUUCACGGCUGGCUGAAGACAAUGGAGACAGAAAUUGAGCAGCAGGACGAAGAUACCACUUUCAGUAACACUGACACUAACGGCAAGCGCCCUGCUGAGGACAUGGAUGAGGAACAGGCAUUCAAACGCUCCCGCAAUACAGAUGAAAUGGUAGAACUCAGGGUGCUUCUCCAGAGCAAAAAUGCAGGGGCUGUGAUUGGAAAGGGAGGCAAGAACAUUAAAGCUUUACGCACAGAUUACAAUGCCAGUGUAUCAGUCCCAGACAGCAGUGGCCCAGAGCGUAUCCUGAGUGUGAGUGCAGAUAUAGACACCAUUGGUGAAAUUCUGCUGAAGAUCAUCCCGACUCUGGAGGAGUAUCAGCACUACAGCGGAACUGAUUUUGACUGUGAGCUGCGUCUGCUGAUUCAUCAGAGUCUGGCUGGAGGCAUUAUUGGGGUCAAAGGUGCCAAAAUCAAAGAACUGAGAGAGAAUACCCAGACUACAAUCAAGCUUUUCCAGGAAUGUUGCCCCCACUCUACUGACCGAGUGGUGUUAGUUGGGGGUAAACCUGAACGUGUGGUUGAGUGCAUCAAGGUCAUUCUGGAGCUGAUUGCAGAGGCUCCCAUUAAGGGUCGAGCCCAGCCUUAUGAUCCAAACUUUUAUGAUGAGACCUAUGACUAUGGUGGAUUCACCAUGAUGUAUGAGGAGAGAGGACGGCGACCUAUGGGUGGGUUCCCAAUGAGAGGCAGAGGAGGAUUUGAUCGAAUGCCUCCUGGUCGUGGCAGUCGGUCGGUCCCCCCUUCCAGACGUGAUUAUGAUGAUAUGAGCCCACGCCGUGGACCACCUCCACCACCACCCGGGAGAGGAGGACGUGGUGGCAGUAGGGCCCGAAAUUUGCCUCUGCCCCCACCACCGCCGCCUAGAGGAGGUGAUCGGUUUUCCCACCAGAGUUACCACAGCAAUAUGGACGACAGACCAAAUGACCGAAGGGGGCGGCCUGGAGAUCGCUAUGAAAGCAUGAGUGGAGGUGGAUAUGACAAUAAUUCUUCUUGGGAGCCCUUCCAGUCUGGUGGUAGAGGUUCUUACAGCGACAUCGGUGGGCCUGUCAUUACAACACAAGUGACCAUCCCUAAAGAUCUGGCUGGCUCCAUCAUUGGGAAAGGCGGACAGAGGAUCAAGCAGAUUCGUCAUGAGUCAGGAGCAUCUAUUAAAAUCGAUGAGCCUCUGGAGGGCUCAGAGGACAGGAUCAUUACCAUCACAGGUACACAGGACCAGAUUCAGAACGCCCAGUAUCUACUACAGAACAGCGUGAAGCAGUACUCUGGACGCUUCUUCUAGAGGAUGGAGACUGAAGCCAAACUGCCAUACCCAUUCACUUCAACUUGUUUUCAGAGCCUACAUUCCUCUGCUUCUUGGGUAGAUGUGCUCCCUGCCAUUUUCUCCUAACAAUUUUUUUUUUGAAGCAACACAUUUGAAAGAAAAGUUUUUUUUUUCUGUUAAAAGCAAGUGGAUCCUCUUUUUUUCCUUUAACAUUAUCUUUCUGCACGCAAAUGUUUUCCAUUUAUUGAUUGUACUGUUUGGUAUAUAGAGGGAGCCCAUCUGUGAUGUCCACUGUUGGCCUUACCAGAGCUGCAUGCUAAGUCUGCAACAUGCAGAAUGUCUUUUUUUUUUUUUUUAUUUGGCCAAUGAAUUUGAAUUGCCCCAUUAUCAUCUUGACUUCAUGAUUAGACGUUUGGGUGAAGUGUAAAUACUGUUUUUUUUUAUUUUUUAUUUUUUUUAUUUAAAGGAAGAACAUCUAUUUUGAUUUGAAAAAUGGGGCUAUCGAGAAUGAGCAAAAAUUCAUUCCUGAGGGACUUUUUUUUUUCUUUCCUUUUUGUGCUGAUUUUUGUCAACCCGAUUUCGAGAUCAGUAAAAUUUCAGGAGAUGAAUGAACCGUUUGUACUCCAUUGACAUUGGGAUCUAUUAAAUCUUGCUGGCGCUUCUUUUGUACGUCUGUUUGUAAGCAUUUUUACCAUUUUUAGAUGGAUCUUUCUAGAUGCCUUCUCUUCACAGUUGAGGGGAAAUAAUUUCUCUGUAAAUUUAAAAAAACUUGUGGCAGGUCUCUUCCAUGUUUUCCUGUAUCUUUUUCUUUCUGUUCCCUCUGGUGUCUUUGUAGAAUGUGCUGCAAAUCUAAAAAGUUAAAUAAAAAUAAAGUCUGUGCCACCUUUUACUAAA